CUUCUUCUUCUUCUUCUUCUUCCAUCUCUUCCUCUCACUCGCUCGUGGUAACGCUGUUCUUGAAUCGAUACCUGUCCUCCUUCGGCUUCAUCUCUUGAGCUCCAUCAUCAAAUCGCGAAGUAGACUGUCACGCGAAGAGAAGAUCCAUCUCUCCUCGCCUAGUUCCUCAUGGGUCGGAGGCCGAUGAGUAGGUUCAGGCAAGGCCGUGGGGCAAUGUCGUCCCGCGGUGGCCGGAUACCGAGCCGCCCACUGGCGACGAAUGCGGAGUCCCUCAAACGGAACGUUGAUUGCUUCUACUUCAUCGCAUCCCCGACUACGUGCACGAAGGGAAGUAAAUGUGAGUAUCGUCACAGCGAGGGUGCCAGGUUUAACCCCAAGGAUUGCUUGUACUGGCUAAAGGGAAACUGCUUGAAUCCAAGGUGUACUUUCCGUCAUCGACCACUUGAAUCGCUGUUUGGAAAUCCCAGGGCCAUGGCAGUGCCUGCUGAACCUUCAUCGUCAACAGCAGUUCAAGUUGCAGAUCGUCCACCUCCUAAUAAUAUUAACAGGAAUACUACUCCCUGCUAUUUUUUCAUGAAGGGGAAAUGCUUAAAAGGUGAUGAAUGUCCUUUCAGACAUGGAGUUGGUACUCCAUUAGACCUUCACAAGGACCAGCAAAGCACUCCUAGUGUAAGUGCUGUCAAAGCUGGCCAGUGUCGGUUUCAGUCCAUGGAGGAGGCCCUUGAGUAUUUUAAGAAGGAUAAAGAGCUCAAGGGUGAGUCUUCUCAUGAUCGUAUAGAGGAUUCUGAUUUCUUCCGAGAUGUAGACGAGUGUGCUGCGGCAUGGCUUCAACGUGGAAGGACUUUGGAUUUUCUAGAUCAAUGUAAUGACCCCCAGUCAGAUCAUCAACGGGAGAAAGAUCAGCACACUGAGAACAGGGAGUCUGAAAUGUCCGGGAGCUUACACGGGCGGGAACAGCAAAAGACCUCCUCCGAGUGGACUUUGGACAUAUCAAUGCUCGAGAAAGGAAAAUUGAGGGAGGAGAGCUAUGAUGAGUUAGAUGAUGAACCAGUUCCAAGAUCGGAGACAGAUCAGCACAGGGGCUUGCACGGACGGGAUGAGAAGCUUUUGGAGGGACCAUCAAUGCGGACGAAAAGCAAGCCGAGGGAGGAGAGCAAUGAUGAGUUGGAUCCUUGUGAUCUCCGCCAUCAGUUACCGAGAGUAAGAAGACCAAAAGAUUCGGGACGGGUUAGCGAUCCUGAUGAUCGUGGCAGUCAUCGAUAUGUUCAUGAUGAUAGUUCUCAUGCUCAGCAUUCACAGUGGGAUCGCCAGUCUCUCGGAAGGGGAAGAUCCAAAAGUAUAAUAUCUCUGCCUACCAAAUCUUCACCAGAUCGACCUACUGGCUGGCCGUCUGCGAUAGACACAGACGGAGAAAGGAAAAGAAGAAGAUUAUCGCCAGCCAUGCUGAUGAACGAUCAGGAAAGCUGCGCAAGGUUGGAUGCGGAUUCAAGCUCCGGUGCAAGGAGGACAUCUGGUGGACGGACAGCGGGAAAAGAUGUUGCUUACCCUUCAGAUUUUCCAGGCCCAAAGAGUCUUGCUGAGCUUAGAGGUGCAAAAGCUUCUCAGACCUCCUACGACGAGAAAAGAUUAAGUUCCAGCGAAACUGCAGAUCAUCAGGAAUAUGGAUCCUCCCUCUCUUUCGAAGGCCCACUGCCAUUGAGUGUCAUUCUCCAGAGGAAAAGAGAGGCUGCACCUGAGAAGAGUGCGAUCUCAAGCAAUGGGGAAGGAGAUAAUCAAGGAGAUGCAGAUGAUCAUUCUUGGGAUCCUGCCGAGGAUGGUGGGAAUGUCCCUGAAGCAUCCAAGGGUACGACGGUUGAUGAAGAGGAAGAAGAGGGUAGGAUCGCUAAGGAAUUACUUGAUGGUGCAGAUGAAGUGGUUAAUUAUGAGGAGGCAGCUGAAGGCGAAGAUAAUGAAUACGAGGUGGAUGAAGAUGACUUUGUCAAGAUGGUAGGAGACCUAUUGGUCUGAAAACAAGGUUGGCUGCUGCGUCUUACAUGUCUACGGAAGACUGUAAUGGUGCUGCCGACAGAGGAAGCCUUUACUUAUUUCCAUAUGGGCACUCAAUUAGAGAAGCCCAAGAUGGGAAAUUGGAAGCUUAUGGGGCAUUUUCUGAAAAAUUGACCUGUAUGAAGUUAAUAGGAAACUGGAUUAUUUUGUGAACUCGGAUUGUAUUAGGCUGACUGACAGAUUGAUCAAUGUUUAUUUAGUUUAUACCCUUGACUAUUCAAGAUGGGGGGUAAAAUUUCAUUGGGGGGCAAAUGUUCCCCUUCAAAAGUCAAAACAUCAAUGCUCUUCUAAAAGUUGAUGAAACUUCAUGAGUUUCCCUUCAAUUUGAAAUUACUGGAGUGUAUAUUUGAAUUUUUCUAGUUUUAUAUGAAAGUAUGA